GUGCUAUAGUGUUUAGAUUUGUCCAAUAAGAGACGUGCCAAGUGUACGUGAUAAUUUGACUUCUGACUCCACAUGGAUAAGGAUCUAGUUUUCUGCGUUUUUGUGAUUCUCACUACCUCUUUCAAUGUUAUACAAGCUAAGAAAUAUGAUCCAUCAAAUUGUGAAGUUUGUAUAAAGUUCCUCGGAUCUUUCAUCCAAUCACUUGAACCUAGUGAUUUAGAUUCCACAGAGAAAAUUAAAAGUGCAUUCAUGAAAAAGUGUAGCACUUCAGUUGGAAAGGAUAAUGACUUUUGUUAUUACGUUGGUGGCCUUAAAACAUCUGCAGCGAAUACUGUAAAUCGUCUUGUUGACCCAAUUAAAUGGAAGAUGCCUGUGGAAAAGGUUUGUCAGAAGUUGUUCGAGCUGGACUCCCAAAUUUGUGAUCUAAGAUAUGAAAAAGUAAUUGAUUUUAAGGAGUUUAACUUCGAAAAGUCCAAGGUGAAAGAGCUUAAAAAGAUCAUAGAGAAGUGGGGCUUAGAAUGUCGUGGUUGUACUGAGAAGAGAGAUUUUAUCAACUUAAUUAAGAGCAACAUGCACAAGCACGAUCCUGAAGCGGCAGCUUAUCUUCAAGCAAGGGGUGAACUUUAAAUUUUUCAAUACUUUUUUUGUACAAAUUUAUUAUUUAUGAAUUUUUUGUUUUCAUAAGUUUUUCCACCUUAGUAAAAUAUAAAUUUGGUCUUU